UAAUGGUGACUUUUAUGUGUUAUCAUUGUGAUCGUACUUUAACAAAACCUUAAGUCGACAAACAUGUACGAACAUAAUGUAGAAAACCUCCUUCCUUAAUUUGUAUCGAUUGUAAGAAGAUGUUCAGUGAUAACCAUGUUGAUCAUGUUUCAUGUUUGACUGAAAAAUAAUUAUAUUGGGGACCUUAUGCUAAUGUAUUAAUGUUAUAAAUAUCUUAGGGUAAAAAGCCUCAAUAACAGGAAAAUACAUAAAAGACAUAAAAGGACAAUAAUAAAUAAAAGGAAUAAGAAACUUAAAAAGAAAGUGAAUCAAAAUAAGAUUGGAAAGGAUGGAGAAAAUCAAUUGAUGAAUUUAUCAAAUAAAAUUAAUUGGAAGAAGUUAGAUUAAAUGAAGUAAAGGAAAACAUCGUUUAAAGAUUUAUAUCUAUUUUUCCAGAAUAUGAAAAAGAAUAAGCUGAAUAAUUAUUUGAUGAAGCAGUAAUUAAUAUUUUAAAUUAUAUAUUAGAUGAAAUAAAGUAAUAAAUAUUAAGUUGAGUAUGUUGGAUUUAUUGUUAAGAAAGUAAAAUAAGAAUGA